CCCGUCCCGUCCCGGCAGCCCCCGCGCCGCCGGGAUUUGAAGAUGAAGUGCCCCGCGGCCGCCGCGCUCCUGCCCGCCGAGUGGCAGCUCUACCUGAGCGAGGCCCGCCUGGCCACCUACCGCAGCUGGCCCUUCACCGAGGGCUGCGCCUGCACCCCGGAGCGGAUGGCAGAAGCCGGAUUCGUCCACUGCCCCAGCGAGAAUGGGCCUGAUGUGGUUCAGUGCUUCUUCUGCUUCAAGGAGCUGGAAGGCUGGGAGCCUGAGGAUGACCCCAUGGAUGAGCACAGGAAACACUCCUCUGGCUGCGCUUUUCUCUCCCUCCGUAAGAACCCUGUUGACCUGACACUGCAGGAGUUCCUGAAACUGGACAAGGAACGAACAAGAAACGUGAUUAAAAAGCAAAUCUCUCAGAAAGUGACGGAGUUUAAGGAAGAAUCAGAGCGUGCACGUCGUGAUAUUGAGAAGCUGGUCUCCUAGGCCCCUGCGACUUGCCUGUGUGCAGUGUUUGACUUGUAUAUAUGUUCUCUAGAGUUGCCUCUUUGUGCCUGCGUGGUGCUCGUAGCUCACGUCCCUUUCAUGCAAGGAUCAAAGGGAUGUAUACUUAGAAACAAAGGGGGAGAUUUUCAAAAUCAUCUAAGGCAUUUAGGACUGCAACUACCAUUGAUGUUUGUGUUCCUAAAUCUCUUACAUGACUCUGCAAACCUCCUUUGAAAUUAUUUUGUCUCAUGUUGACAAAUAAAUGUCUCAAGGAAACAACGCACAAUGAUUUAUUUAACUGCUCAAACUGAGUAUUCUCUAGUGAAGUGUAUCAAUCUCUCCUAUUAGAAUAGUUCACAUGCAUUCUUUUUAUUUUAAAAUGUAAGUUAAUCACAGUAACUGCUGUCUUAAGGGCACCACUGCAAAAGUGGUGAAUGAUCCAUUUAAGAUAUUUCCAACAGCACCCUAAUCUUUAAGGCACAAUUACUCUCCUUGGGCUCAAUCCUGUAGUUCUUACAAGUAUAAGAAGAUUACUUAUGAUUUUGCUAUCAAAAGGUGUCAGCUACUUGCUUGAUUCAAAGUCCCUUAGUCAGUUUAAAAAAAAAAAUGCAUCAUCAAGGCGUGCUGUCUUUUAAAAACCAAAAAAACCCACUUUCUUCCUCACACACACACACAUACACACAGCAUCCAGCUCUGCCUUGGAUAAGAAAGCUCCAAUCAAGCCAUGGCCAGACUGAUAUUCUUGGGCUUGGUCAGUUUGUCCAGCAUUCCCUGUCCAAGUUUACUAGCAAACAAUGAAAUUAUUUCUUCAUUCCCAGUCUUCAGUGCCAAGUCAUAUGCUGAUAAGCCUUUUCCAUUCUUCUUUUUAAUGUUUGCAUUACAGCUGUAAAUAAAGAACAGGCUGCUUAAGCUAAUUUAGAAA